UGCAGGCGGAACCUUCCUUCCGAGCUCUUUGUUGAGGAGGGAAGCUUUGGUUUGUUGCUACCCAGCGAAUUGGAGGAAGGUCACAUGGUUUAGAGAUGAUCAGAUCCGUACAAAUUGCGCUUAGUGCAGGCAGAGGCCUUUCGUGGCAAACUGCGGCUCAGGCACUCAGACUUGUUCACUGUGCCAGAUGUCUGGCGAAGGCCCAGGGGAGCCUGGAAGUGAGGAGCACCCCGGCCGAGCACCGAACAGAGGAUGCAAGAGUUGGGCUGAACGAGGCGUAUACGGAGGGAGAGCGAGAUGCCAUCCUGGACACCCUGAACAAUGCUUCAGAGGGCGAGCUUUCCAGCAUCAAACUCUUACGGGGGAAGAAGUCCUCCAGUCUGGUGCAGUACAGGAAGCAGCACGGCCCCUUCCUCGACCUGGACAGUUUGGUUCAAGUCCCUUACUUCCAAUCCAAAAUUGCCGUCAAAGUGUUUGACUCCAUUCUUAAUGCGGCUUCCAGAGAGCAAAGAAAGGAGCGAAAACCCGAGGGAAGAGCCCCAUCGAGACUCGUGAAACCCAGCAUUCCUGCAGAGCGGCUGGAGGCUGCAGAAAGCAUUGUUUCCAUUGUAUUUGGUACCCAAAAAAUAGCCUGGGCGCACAUGGAGCGGAACAUGAACGUGUGCGAUUGGCAGCAAGAAGAGUUUUACCGAUUCAUGAAAGGGACCUACCACGGCCACGUCUACCUGGAAGACAUCUCUCCUGUUGUGUCUAAGAUCCCAAGAGCAGAUUUUUAUGUUCUGGAGAAACCCGGGAUCCCCGUUCAGAACAGCAGCCUGUUCCCGGUCACGCUGCACCUGCACAUGGUAGAAGCCACGCUCUAUGCCCUGCUGAACAUGCGCUACGCAGCAGAUGGGGAUCACUGCGUCGUCAGCAUGGCUCGAACCACAGUGGGAAAACACUUUGGGCUGAUGGUGGGUGAAUCCCGCACUAGCGGCGUGGACACAGUGAAACAGCUCAUUAAUGCAUCCGUCUCCCCGGGAAAGCCGUGGGUGACCUUUUCCCAGGAGCUUAUCCUGCGCUAUCGCCACCAGUUCCAGACACGGAGCCAGAAGAGAAACGAGGAGAUGUGCGAUGCCUUGUUACAGGCCAUCACCUUCUACGACCUUGUGACUUAAAGCUGAAUAACGUGCUUUGUUUUUGUCAUCAGAUCGGUGUUAAAUAAAUUGGACAAAGUGGUUUAAUACA